AUGUUGCGCGUCGACGCGCGCGCCGCCCGCGCGACCGCCGACGAGGCCAUGCUGGCACUGGACCGGCGCGCGGGCCGCGCCGCCGUCGAGAUCGCUUCGUUAUUCGAUCUCGCCGGCGACGCAGCCCGGUUCGCGCGGCCGGGGAACCGCGGCGUCUACGUCGUGGAUCUAGACAUGCGCGGACGGGCCAACGCGCGCUUCGCGGCCGCGGACGAGGAGGCGACGAGCCCGACGGAGGGCGGCGGUCCGCUCGCGCUGCCCGUGGCGGGCUACUGCGCCGCGCGCGGCGUCGACGCCGCGCGCUUCGCGGGCACGCUGCGGCGCGUCGCGUCCAUCGCCGCGCAGCGCUGCUGCCGCACGGCGGAAGCGCGGCGCGCCGCGGCGACGAUGGCCAUGGCGCCCGAGACGCCCCUCGCGGCCCUGAAGUGCUUCGCGCAGUUCGCGAGCCGGGGCAUCGCGCCGAAGCACUGGAACCCGCCCGUGCCCGCCGCCGUCGCGGCGCUGCCGGCGACGGGCGACGGCUUCGGCGACUUCGUCAAGCGCCACGAGCCGUGCGUCGUCAAGGGCUGGGGGCUCGAGGGCCCCUACGCGGCCCUUCUGGAAAAGUUCGGCGACGACGCCUACCUCAAGGAGCGCUGCGGGUCCCGCGAGGUGCCGACGCGGGGCUCGUGGAUCGACGUGCUCAGCGGCGAGCGCGUCUUCGCGUCCGCGGCCAACGGCUCCGCGACGCUCGCGGAGGUCCUGGACCAGCGGCGGACGGAGCGCGUGCCGACGCGCUACGCGGCGAAGAUCGACCUGGCCAGGACGCUCCCCGAGCUCGCGGCGGACCUCGCGGCCGCGGAGGCGCGGUCGCCGCGCGCGGCGUUUGGCCACUGGUUCGGCGACGCGCAGCCCGUCCACGCCUACGUGGCGCCCGGCGGCGCGGCGACGGCGACGCACGUCGACCCCGCGGAGCAGCUCCUGCUCGUCGUCGGCGGCGCCAAGGCCGUCCGGCUCUUCGCGCCGGGCGCGGCCGCGGCGCUCAAGCCGUCGAACGCGCCGCUCUUCUCCGUCGCCGCGCUCGCGACCGUCGGGCCCCACGCGCCCUUCUCGGCGGCGCCGCCCGCGCCCUUCGUCGACGUCGCGCUGGCCGCGGGCGACGUCCUCUACCUGCCCGCCUUCUGGUGGCACGCGGUCUCGGCUGCCCCGGCAGUGAUCCGCGAGGUCUCGGCUGCCCCGGCAGUGACCCGCUCGUCGGCCGCGCGGCCCGGCUCGCGCGCGCCGGCGCCGCCCGGCGCCAUGGAGACGGACCCGCGGUUGGCGCGCUUCUACAAGGACGUGACGCCCCGCAAGCGGCUGCGCACGGCCGUGGACUUCGUCCGCACCUGCGGCGACGCGGCGCACGAGUGCGAGUUCCUGACGGAGAACGCCUGGCGCAUCAUCGAGACGUGCUUCGAGACCGUGGAGCAGUACGAGCGCAUGACGUCGGGCGAGUGGGAACAGGACGCGCCGAAGGCGCGGCCCAUCGCGUUCGCGAAACGCGUGCUCCGCGGCGAGAAGGUCAUCGAGGAGCGCGACUGGUCCGACGUCUUCUUCCUCGUGCGGCGUGUCAUCGAGGCGUCGGCCGCCGCGGGGGUGACUGACGAGAUGGACGCGCUAGCAGCGCUCGCCGCGAGCGCGGCGCCGCGGCGCUCCGGCGACGGCGACGAGCCCGCGGCCGACGAGCCGGCGGCCUCCGACGGCUGCGACGACGACCCGCUGCCCGCGCGCGCCACCGUCGGCGACCGGUUGCGGCGCGCGAGCGGCGGGCUCUUCUCCUUCGGGUCCAACGUGAAGAAGAAGGUGCUGAGCCUCUCGCCGUCCGCGCGGAUCCUGCUCCUCUGCCGCAAGGUCCUGCACCCGGACGCGGCGACGGCCGCGCGGCUCGAGGGCGUGCGCCUGCUCCUCCAGCUCGCCGAGGGCCUCCUCGAGCGCGCCGCCGCGAGCUGGUGCGUCGGCGGCUCCGCGGCGGAGCAGGUCCGCUGCACGGAGCUGCUCGAGGCCGCGCUCGGCGGCGAGCGCGCGGAGGCGGCCGAGUGGGCCGACGGCGAGGCGUCGGCCGCGGCCUUCGCGGGCCAUCGCUGGACGGGGCAGAAGACGCCGGCGGAGACGCGGCUGGCCCUCGUCGAGGAGUUCCUCAAGUACUCGCUCGGGUCGUCGCUGCCCGCGCGCGCGGCCGACGACCGCGCGGCGCGGCGCGCGAGCGGCCAGGCGGGCCGCGGCGGCGACCGCGCGAGCUCGCUGCGCGCGGGCUACGGCGACAGCGUCCUGAGCCCGGGCGCGUCCAAGGACGGCGAGGCGCCGGCCGCGCGCGCGGCGGCGGACGCGCGGCGCCGGCGCCGCUUCGGCCACUGGGCGGACGUCGUCGCGGACCUGCUGCCGACGUGGCUCGGCGCCGUCGACGAAGACGACGGGCUCAAGGUCGUCCUCGCGGCCCACGGCUGGCUGCGGCAGGUGCUCGGCGACUCGCUCCUCGCGGACGCCGCGGGCUCGCGCUUCGCGGCGCUCCUGCGCGCGCCGCUCGAGGCGCUCGCGGCGGCCGCCGGCCCCGGCGACGACGCCGACGCGGGCGUCGAGGAGGACUCGGCCUUCGGCGACGCCUGCGUCGAGACCGUCGAGCUGUUCCGCACCUUCGCCGCGGACGCGCGCCGCGUGCCGGGCGGCGCGGCGCUCUCGGACGGUCAGAAGCGCGACGGCGUCCUCGCGCACGCGACCCUCGCCCUCGACGGCGCCUACGCGCCCGCCGUCGCCGCGCGCCUGGCGCCCCACGGCCGCCGGACGCUGGCCGCGCUCGCGCUGGGCCUCGCGGAGGACGCGGCCGUCGUCCUCGCCGCGCGCGACGGCGACGGCGACGGCGGCGACGCGCGCUGGGCCGCGCUCCGCGACAAGGUCCGGCGCGUCGUCGAUGUCUACGCCGGCGCGGCCGUGCACCGGCGCGGCUGCCCCCUGGCCCUCGCGGCGACGGCGCCGCUCGCGGUGCGCUGCGCGUUCUGCGUCCUGCUCGCGCGGCCGGGCCCGGAGUCGCGGGACUGGUGCGCGCGCUGGGCCGCGAACCUGGCGAGCGACGGCGCGGGCGUCGACCCGGACGCCGCGGCGCCGGACGACGACGUGGCCGUGCGCGAGACGCUGGGCGGCCACGUCUGCGCGGAGUGGCGCCGCCGCGUCGAGGCCGCGGCCGCGGAGGCGUCGGGCGCGUUGGGCGCCGGCCGCGAGGCGUCCGACGCGUUGGCGCUGGUGGACGCGGCCCUGCGGCUCCUGCCGCCGGCCUGCCUCCGCGGCGCGCCGCCGGCCGCGGCCGAGGCCGCGGCCGCGGGCGCCGCCGGCGCCGCGCGGCUCCUCGCGAGCCGCCCCAAGCCGCGGGACCCGAAGGCCGCACCCCGGACGGGGGGCGCCCUCGACCCGGCGCGCGUCGUCGGCGCCUUGGCCGCCGUCGCGCCCUGGCUCGUCGCCCUCGCGGACGACGGCCGCGCGGGCCGCGGCGCCGCCGCGGGCGCGGCGCUCGGCGCGCUCUGCGACGGCCUCGCCGCGGGGAGCCCCUGGCCCCGGGCCGCGCGGCCCCUGCGGCGGCGCGUCAUCGGCCUCGUCGUCGCCGCCGUGGGCCGCGAACUCGACCGCGGCGGCGCCGCGCGCGGCCGCGCGCCCCUGGUCGCCGUCGCGCGGCGCGGCGCGGCCCUCGCCGCGGCGACGGCGCUGGGCCUCGCCGUGGCCAUCUGCGGCGCGGGCGCCGCGGCGGCGCGCGACGACGCCGGCGGCCUGGGCGAGGUCGGCGAGGCCGCGGCCGCGCGGCGCAAGGCCUGCCGCGGCGUCGCGAUCGCCGCGCUCGCGGACGCUUCGGGCUUCGCGCGCGAGCUCCUCGAGCUCGGCGCCGAGGGCGCGGCCGUCGUCGCCGUGCUGCUGCGCUGCGUCCUCGCCAACGGCGCCGCGGCCCUCGCGCGCGCCCUCGAGGACCUGCCGGGCGACGCGCCGGGCGGCCUGGAGUUCGAGCGCGGGUCGUCGUCCGCGAGCCGGCCGCGCGACGCGAGCCGCGCGGGGCUGGGCAAGUGCGACGACUGCGCCGCCGCGGGCCUGCGGGCGCUGGGCGCCUGGCUGCCCCUGCGCGACGCGUCGGGCCUCUGGGAGCCCCUCGAGCGCCGCGCGGCGCUCGCGGUCCUCGACGCGGCGCUCCUCGGCUUGGGCGGCCGCGCGGCGCGCGCGCGGCUGCCCCUCAACGACUUCGCGCUCCACGGCGCGUUGGACGAGGCAAGGCGCAACGCCGAGGACGGCGGCCCGGACGCCGAGGCGCUCGACGCCCUCGCGGCGGCCCUCGACGACGUCCACGACGCGCGCGCGGCCGCGGCGACGCUCUGCCUCCGCGACGAGCGCCGCGCGGCCCUCGUCGGCGCGCUCUGGGACGGCCUGCGGGCCGCCGCGGCCGAGGCCCGCGACGCCCUCGAGAGCCUCCACGCGGGGCCCCGGCCGCCGCCGCGCGCGGCCGCGGCCGCCGCGGCGCCGCGGACCGUCUGCCUCCUGGCGCAGCGCGGCGACGCGGGCGGCCCGCGCUACGUCGUCGCCCUCGCGGCGGCCCCCGGCGAGGACGACGCCGUCGCCCUGGGCCGCGCGUCGACGGCGGCGUCGCGGCGCUGGACCGCGCGGCUCGCGGCCGCGGCCGCGGCGGAGCGCGCGCGGACGCCGCCGCGGCGCGCGCCGACGCCGCCGUCCUUCGCGGCCAUUUUGGACGGCGCGGCGGACCCGCCGUCGCCGCCGUCGGCGACGUCCCGCGAGGCGCGCAUGGAGAAGUUCCGGCGGGCCGUGCGCAUGACGAUGACGAAGCCGGAGCGGACGCGGCACCUGAGCGCGGAUCUGGAUUUGGCGCGCGACGCCGAGGCCGACGGCCUCAUCGGCGACCUCUUCGAGGGGACCGACGGCGGCGACGGCGACGGCUCGCCCCGGGGCGACUUCCGGGACCCGCGGCCGGCCGCGACGCUCGCGCGCGAGGAGAUCGAUUUUCGGGCGGACCUCGCGCGCGACCGCGCGACCGCGGCGCUCGGCCGCCUCGCGUCGGCCGAGGGCCGCGCGCCGCCGGCGGGCGCGGACGCGGCGCCGGACGCGACGCUCGUCGGCCCGCCGGCCGCGGGCGCGACCUUUGCCGUCGAGUCGAACCUGGACGUGCUGGACCUCGUGCUCGGCGACGCGGGCGCGCUUUUGGCCUUCGAGCGCUUCCUCGACGGCGAGUUCGCGGCGGAGGGGCUCCGGUUCCUCGCCGCCGCGGCGCUCCACGACGGCUCGCGGGACGACGCGGCGCGCAUCGUCGCGGCCUUCGUCCGCGCGGACGCGGCGAGCCAGGUGAAUUUGCCGCAGCGCAUCGUCGCGGACGUGGAGCGGCGGUUGCGAGAGGACGACCUCGACGGCCUCUUCGACGACGCCGUGCACGAGUGCCGCGCGCUCGUCGCCAACGACAACCUGCAGCGCUUCCUCGACAAGGCCGGCGCGGACCGGGGCGCGGCGCUCGCGCCGAAGCGCGUCCGCCUCGUCGAGCGGCUCCGCACGGCGCGGCAGCUCGCGCGUGCGAAGCCCGUGGGCGCGUCCCGGCCGCCGCCGCCGUCGCCGUCGGCGGCGGACCUUCGCGCCGCGGCGGCGCCGCGGCCGGAGCGGCCCGCGGCCCGCGCGCCCGCGGCCGCGCUCCUCGUGCACCACUUGGGCCUCGUCGCGCCCGCGCUCGACAACGACGGCGCCGUCGCGCUGGCCGCGGACGUCGCGCACGUCGCCGUCGCGCCCGAGGGCCUCGCCGCGGCGCGCGCCGUGGAAGCGGCGGCCGCGCGGCCGCCGCCCGUCGUCCUCCUCGACGCGCCGCCGGGCGACGCGGCGUUCGCGACGUUCCUCCGCGCGCUCGACGGCCUCGACGGCGCCGCGGCGCGCUUCGCGCUCCCCGGCGACGGCGCCGCGGCGCCGGACGCGGUGGUCCUCUGGGAGCCGCGCGCGCCCGGCGCCGCCGCGCGCGCGGGGGCCGCGGCCGACGGCGCCGGCGCGGCGACGCCGACGCUCCGCGUCCGCGACGUCGGCCGCGGCCUCUACCGCCUCGACGCCACCGGCUUCCCGCCGGCGACGGUGCCGCCGCUCGUCGACGACGUCCUCUGCGGCGCGGACGCGCUCCCGCGCGCCGUCGCGGACCUCGCGGCCGGGCUCCGCGCGCCGCGGCCGGGCGCGGGCCUCGCGCUCGGCGCGCUCGACGCGCCGCGCGAGCCGAGCGACCCGCCCGUGAGCGUCUACGCGGCCCUCGUCCAGCGCGAGGCCCCGAGGCCCGUCGCCGUCAUCCCGCCCGGUAAGGCGGUUUAG